AAAUUGGGUCAUAAUCUAAGGUGCAAAUGAUUGAAAGUAGUUGUGGAAGUUGAAUAAAUGAAACUUAUACACCUUCACUUUUAUUUUUAUUGUUAUUAUUAUAUAGUUCACUUCUAUUUGGACCGACUCUUCACAUUCCAUAACAUGUUCUACACCUCAACUUUAUGAAAAGCUAUGGCCCUCAACAUGUGAAACGAUUCCACAACACUAAACACUCUAGUCUUCACUCUCAUCUUACUAUGUAUAAAAAGACCCAAACUAAACACUUGGGUAUUAUAUAUCAACUCCCAAUUAAGUUAUAUUUUUUCUUUCUUUCUUUCUCUCUCUCUCUCUCUUCUUCAUCAUCAAUAUGAUCAAGAAAACCUUCUUAUCCUCACUUGGGUUAACAAUCUUUCUCCCAUUUUCUUUGCUAUUUUCUCUCACUUUCUCACUCUCAACUCACAACAUUGAAUCUAUUAGUCAUCAACUAACCACAACCUCGUACACCUAUACUACAAUUGACCAAUUUUUGACUCCACACAACAUUUUGAGAUCCAAGCUAGGACUCCCUCCACUCAGAUGGAGCAAAACGCUUGCGAAUUACGCCUAUUGGUGGGCCAACCAGCGACGUGGCGAUUGCUCGUUGGUCCACUCGGGAGGUGAUUAUGGUGAGAACUUAUUUUGGGGAAGUGGGAAAAAUUGGAGUCCAGGUGAUGCAGUGGCAGAUUGGGGUGAUGAAAGAAGGUAUUAUGAUUAUCACUCUAAUUCCUGUAUUGAUAACCAAGAGUGCCUUCACUAUACUCAGAUGGUUUGGAGGCAUACUACCAAGGUUGGUUGUGCUAAAGUCACUUGUUGGAAUGGAGACAUAUUCAUCUCUUGCAAUUAUGAUCCACAUGGAAAUGUCAUUGGCCAAAGACCCUUUUGAAAUAUAUGUGUGUAAAAUAUCAUAAAUUGAUCAUACAAUCCAUGUUUAUGGUGGUGUGGUGCUAAAUA